AUGAUGCCUGCAAGACUGCAAGACUGCCGCUCCCUGCACUUCAACGAGGACAACGGCCGCUUCGUGCUGCUCGCCAUCCUCAUCAUACUGUACCUGCUGUGCGGCGCUGCGGUCUUCUCGGCCAUAGAGAGGCCCUCGGAGCUGCGGGCUCACGGCCGCUGGAACGGGACGCUUCUCAACUUCAGUGAGACCUUCAACAUCAGCCUGCAGGACCUCAACUCCUUCCUGCGGGAGUACGAGGCUGCCAUCGCCGCCGGGAUCCGGGCUGAUGCUCUGAGGCCACGAUGGGAUUUUACAGGGGCUUUUUAUUUUGUUGGAACUGUGGUGUCGACUAUAGGUUUUGGGAUGACAACGCCUGUGACAGUCGCAGGCAAGGUGUUCCUGAUCUUUUAUGGGCUUCUAGGCUGUGCUGCCACCAUCCUCUUCUUUAACCUCUUCCUGGAGCGCAUCAUCACACUUCUGGCCGUGGUGAUGAAGGCUGUGAGGGAGCGGCGAAUCAGGAACAGUGGUCUACUCCCACCAGGCAUCCGCCAUGACUUCUCGGCCUACUCCCUGCCAGGCUGGAAGCCCUCCGUGUACCAUGUGAUGCUGAUUCUCGGCCUGUCAGCCAUCACUAUAUCCUGCUGUGCUUCAGCCAUGUACACCCCAGUGGAGGGCUGGGCUUACUUAGACUCACUCUACUUCUGCUUUGUCACCUUUAGCACCAUCGGCUUUGGGGACUUUGUCAGCAGCCAGAGCGCGGCUUACAAAUACCAAAGCCUCUACAGGGUGGCCAACUUCUUCUUCAUGCUAAUGGGUGUGUGCUGCAUCUACUCACUCUUCAAUGUCAUCUCUAUUGUCAUCAAGCAGGUCCUCAACUGGAUGCUGGAGAAAAUGAGUUGCUUGUUUUGCCAGCGCUGCAAUAAGGCCAGCGCUCUCCUGGGCAGACGUAAUGCCAUCCGACCGGGCUCUAAGGGUCGCCAGAGUCGGUUUGGCCAGCCGCCUGACUCCGAUGGACCUUGUGAUAGUGACACUGAGGGACGCAGACUCUCAGGGGAGAUGAUCUCUAUGAAAGACUUGGCAGCCUCUAACAAGGUGUCGCUGGCCCUCAUGCAGAAGCAGCUGUCUGAGUCGGCCAAUGGAUAUCCCAGGACAGUCUGUGGCAGCUCACGCCAUAAUGGUUUCUCUGGGGGGGUUGGCGCCCUCGGUAUCAUGAACAACAGGCUGGCAGAGACGAGUAACUCCAGGUAGAGGAUGUAGUGAGACAGGAAACAAAGUAUGGGAGCUCUUUAUUCUCAUACUGUGUAACAACCCCCCUAUUGAUUGCCAUAGAAAAAAUACAAGGCUUUUGAAAUGGAUUGCCAGUGUAACUUGUUAUGCAUGAUACCUAUGAUUUUUUUAGGGAUCCUUUUGGUUGGAAUUACAAGCCUGUGGUGAUAAUACAGGUAAUGAUGGCGAUGGUUUUGUUGAUGAAUUUAAUGAUGAUGGCAUGAAGAGAGAACCACAGAGUCAACAGGAGUUGAUCUGUACACAUGGGGACCA